AGAUGCACAGGAAGACAGAGAGGAAGAUGAUGAAGAUGCACAGGAAGACAGAGAGGAAGAUGAUGAAGAUGCACAGGAGGACAGAGAGGAAGAUGAUGAAGAUGCACAGGAAGACAGAGAGGAAGAUGAUGGAAGUGAACAGGAAGACAGAGAGGUACAUGAUGAAGAUGCACAGGAAGACAGAGAGGAAGAUGAUGAAGAUGCACAGGAAGACAGAGAGGAAGAUGAUGAAGAUGCACAGGAAGACAGAGAGGAAGAUGAUGGAAGUGAACAGGAAGACAGAGAGGUACAUGAUGAAGAUGCACAGGAAGACAGAGAGGAAGAUGAUGGAAGUGAACAGGAAGACAGAGAGGAAGAUGAUGGAAAUGAACAGGAGGACAGAGAGGAAGAUGAUGGAAGAAAACAACAAAGAGUCUGUGAAAUAAAAAGCCAAGAUCGAGAUGAGUUUCUUAAGAAACAGCUAGAUGAUGAUCUUGUAUACCCUGGUGCUCCUCUCACGAAGGGACAGAGUCUGCUUUUACUCAUGUCAUAUGUACUGAGGCACAAUUUGACAGGUGUAGCACUUCAGGAUCUUCUUACAUUGUUUAAUGCACAUUUCCCUGGCUUGGUGCCAGCAACCACAUACCUUUUUCAUAAAGCCUAUGGACAGUUUGGCCAGUAUAAGCCCCAUUUCUAUUGUAUCAACUGUGAAACCUACAUUGGACCCAGUGAGACAGCACCACAAAACUGUUCUUCUUGUAAUACUGAAUUUGACAUUGAGAACAGCCUAAAACUUGGGUCGUACUUUCUUGUACUUAGCCUAUCAGCCCAAAUAGUGGACAUUUUGGAAAAACCUGAUAUACAUUUGAAUACAAAGGAAUCAACUCCUGGCAUUCUUUCUGAUAUUCAGUGUGGGGCAGAAUAUCAAAAAUUCAAGCAAACUGGACAAAUGGGGGAUGAUGACAUUUCAAUUUUGUGGAACUGUGAUGGAAUUCCAGUUUUCAAAAGUAAUAAUGUUCAGAUAUGGCCAAUCCAGUGUCAAAUUGUAGAACUGUCACCAAGAGUCCGGCAAGGUAAUAUAUGCAUUCCAUGCUUAUGGCUUGGUAACAGCAAGCCAAAUAUGGCUACAUUUUUAACUGCUUUUGUUGCACAGCUUAAAGAACUGGAACAGGUUGGUAUUAAAUGGAGGGACUCUGAAAACACAGAGCACACAAGCAAAAUUCAUUCGCUACUCUGCUCCUCAGAUUCAAUUGCCCGCCCCCUCCUGAGAAAUACGAAACAAUUUAAUGGAAAAUAUGGAUGUGACUUCUGCCUUCACUCUGGUGGUGGCCCAUAUGUAUGGGAAACACCAGAACCACCAUUAAGGACAGAGACUGACCAUUUCAGGCACGCAAUGCUGGCAACACCUGAGAGACCAAUAAUGGGUGUGAAAGGCCCAUCCCCUCUGAUGGAACUUGAGAGCUUUAAAAUGAUCACUGGAUUUGUUCCGGACUACCAGCACUGUGUUUGCCUUGGUGUAACGAAACAGUUAACAUCUCUGUGGUUGGAUAGUAAGCACCAUAAGGAAGAAUGGUACUUGGGCUCUAAGGUCAGUGACAUAGACCAGGGACUAAUGUUAAUUAGCCCACCUGUGGAGGUCACAAGGGCACCCAGAUCAGUUAAGGACCGAAAAUUCUGGAAGGCGUCUGAAUGGAGGUCAUUUUUGCUCUUUUAUGCUUUGACUGUUUUGAGUGGAAUUUUAAAAAAGAAGUACUGGAGUCAUCUUUUUUUGUUAGUUUUUGCAAUUCACACUCUUCUGCAGGAUGCAGUGAAAAUGACCCACGUGGAUAUGGCAGAGCAAGCUCUUCGAAAGUUCGUACAUAAUUUUGAGAAACUGUAUGGUGCUGGUAAUGUCUCUUUCAAUGUACAUUUGUUAAUGCACUUGGCAUCAAGCGUACGCAACUGGGGACCAUUGUGGGCAACAUCCACAUUUCCAUUUGAAUCAUUCAAUGGGACUUUGCUAAAAAUUUUUAAUGGAACAACACAUGUGUCUGCUCAAAUAGUGAAAAGAUUCCUUAGGUGGAGGGGUCUUUCAACAAAAGCAGAGACUAUAAUGGAAAAUGCAAAUGACAACAUAAAAAAAAUAUUUGGCAAACUCCAGGGUAGGUCUGGCGUAACAAAAACGUCAAAAGAGUUUCCAGAUAAUGUCAGAGGUUUUGGCUGCCCAAAGAAAGGCAGCACAUCUGUGCUGCAGAGGAGGGCUAUUGAACAUUUCACAGGAGACACUGUUCAUUUAGGUUUAUUUUAUGACCGUUUCAUUUGCAACAGUGUUGUUUAUCAUUCAUAUAAUAACACAACUCUUAAAAAGAGAAAUAAUUCUGUUGUACAGUUAAAUGAUGGGACAUUCUGUGAGAUUUUGACCUUGGUGGCCUACACAUCUGAGGAUGGGGCCUCUUCUGUAUUUGAUACAAACAGUUUCUGUCUUUUAGUUAAAGAGCUAGCCAAGAGUGGAAGAAAGGUUUAUAGAGAUGCUCAGUUAAAUAUAUCCUGUACAUUUCUAACUGAAGUGUGUCACACCAAUAAUGUAUUUGCUGUACAUCCUCAGUCAUUAGAGCGCAAAUGUGUAAUGGUGAAGUCUAAGGACAAAAUGUAUGUUAGUCCACUUCCAAACAAUGUUGAAAGAGACUAAAACUGUUUCCUGCAAACAGAAAUGUUUGUAAUUGUACCAGUGAAAAACAUGCAACUGUUAAUGUU